AUGGAUGAAAGGAGGAAUGGGUCAAGUGUUCUUGAUUCGUCCCACGGCCUUCUACAUCCAAUGGGCGUGGAGUCCAAAAUUCUGUACCACACGGAUAAUGAAUCCGGAUCAAGUACCUACCGGGAAAGCAGCCAACAAUGUUUGAUCACCACCCAUGCUACAGAUUUUGCCACGGCGACCCAAUACACCUACCGAGAGGAGGAUACGAGGCAGCCAGAGUGGACUCCAGGCGUGAGAGAGUGGCUCGUGACAACAUGUAUAUCGAUUCUAGUGAUGAUGGAUGCGUUUAAUACGACGGUGGUUAUUCCUUUGAUGCCCGGGCUCUCACACAUCUUUCAGCAACCCCUUGAGAACGCGCUUUGGAUUAACACGGCUUACCUCAUUGGCAACGCGUCCGGACAAGCUCUUUUCGCCAUGCUGGCUGAGGUACUUGGUCAUGGCCCUAUCCUACUUUCGUCUUCUGUUCUCGCGACAACUGGAACAGGUAUAUGCGGGGGUUCUCUGGGUCUGUCUGUGCUGGUAGCGGGUCGAUUCAUUCAGGGAAUUGGCGGAGGAGGAGUGGUGGGAGUUUCGCUUUUGAUCGUUGCGGACCUGAUUCCAAAGUCGCAUCAAGUACAAUUUUCGACCUAUAUCUUCCGCGCUCAAACGAUCGGUAUGGUGAUUGGUUCAGUUGCUGGUGGGGUAUACCAUGACUAUACGACCUAUAUUUGGGCCUUUUAUUCCAGCUUCGUGUUUUGCGCAAUGGGCCUGUUGGUGAUUCCAUUUGCACUGGAUCUGAGAGGACAUGGACCGGAAAAUAAGCUUAGUGCUACGAGCAGGUUUCGUACUAUGGACUGGAUAGGUGCCAUGUUGACUCUGCUUGGCAUGGGGACCAUACUUACCGGGAUCGGCUGGGGAGGAACACAGAAUGCCUGGGAUAACUGGCAAACCCUAGUGCCGAUAUGCGUCGGUGGGAUCUUCUUGAUUAUUUUGGUUCUCUACGAGACGAUGUGGGCUAUGCAGCCAAUGUUCAGUUCGAGGGUGUUUCGGGACCUUUCAUCAACAAUGCUGCAGGCAGGCGGCUUUCUCCAUGGAUUUAUUUUAUCGUCUCACCUCCAUUACUUGCCACUAUACCUCAUCUUCGUCAAGUCGCUCAACACCACAUUGAUAGGGCUAAGCCUGGUUGCUCUGACGGGUCUAGCUGUACCUGCUCUUAUGGUCUCGGGCACAGGGCAGGUUUUCCGACGCCCACAUAUCUCCACCUGGAUUACCCGUAUAGGCUGGUUGUUUACUAUUACCGCGACGGGUUGUUCACUUCUACUGAAUACGGCGAUCCCAACAUACGGUUGGGUUAUUAUCUUCCUGGUCGCUGGGUUGGGCUCUGCCCUGCUCACACUCGGAUACAACCUUUGCAUCCAUGUAAAUACUCUGAGGUUCUACCCGGGCCAGGAAACCCGCGAAAGCGCAAAGGUAUCCACAACAUCGAUACUGAUAUACUCGAUCCUACGCACAUGGGGCAUGUGCAUCGCCAUCCCCAUCAGCGGGACCAUCAUAUUCAACUACCUAUCCUCCAAAGAUUUGCUUGACAUGUCAACCGGGUACACAAGCCGCCACUUCGGCGCAUACGCGCCCCAGGAAGACAAAGACGCAUUUGCCGACGCGCUUCAAGUCCUUUGGAAAGGUUACACGGCGAUUGCCGCAUUGGGAGGAAUUUCGUCUCUGUUCAUUCGGUCUGCAAGUUGA